CUUGAGCGGCAAAUACUUCAUAAUUUUGUAUCCCUUUGUGAAUUGUAACGCUAACCUAAAAUACAUAGAGUAGUGAAAGUCAAAAUAAUAUUUUAUAAGAGUAAUAUUUUUUAAAAUGACAGAAAAAGCAAAAACUAUAAGUCACGUGAAACAUAUUCCAAAAGAUGCCCAAGUUAUAAUGUCCAUUAUGAAAGAUAUGGGGAUCACCGAUUAUGAACCGAAGGUUAUAAAUCAGUUACUUGAAUUUACGUAUCGUUAUGUCACUUGUAUAUUAGACGAUAGUAGAAUUUACGCAAAUCAUGCGAAAAAGAAAUUUAUCGACUUGGACGAUGUUAGAUUGGCAGUGAAGAUGCAAUUAGAACGUACUUUUACCAAUCCGCCACCGAGAGAUGUAUUACUGGAUGUUGCUAGAGCAAAAAACAAUAUACCGCUUCCAUUUGUUAAACCAAGUAAUGGGUUGAGAUUGCCACCUGAUAGAUACUGUUUAAAUGCAACAAAUUACAAACUGAAAAAUGUAACAAAGAAAAUGAUUGGGAAGCCGUUACAUUCUUUAGUUGGAAACAAUAUACAGGGUGGUCAAUCUAAAAUUAAAGUAGAAGGCAAUAAGACUGGUCUUUCAAUUGUUAAGAGACCUGGAACACUUGCAACAGUAGCUAGAACCCAAACUAUUUCAAUGCCAAAGCCAGUUUUAAAGUUUUCAACAGCAUCAUCAGGAGGAGCUACUGUAAAAGCACAAGUAGCUAAACCGAAAAUACAAAUUUCCUCGGGUCAGACAAUGCCGCCUGUUAAGGUAGAGAUAGAAGAUUCGAUGAAAAGGAAGAGAGAAGACGAUGAUUACGACGUACCAUAACAAUAAAUAAUAGAUAUUGAAUAAACUUUUAUUUUAUGCUUUUAUUGUAUGAAAAAAA